AUGGAUAAGAAACCAUGCAAUUCUCAAGAUGCUGAAGUAAGGAAAGGGCCUUGGACAAUGGAAGAAGAUUUAAUCCUGAUUAACUACAUUGCAAAUCAUGGUGAAGGUGUUUGGAACUCACUAGCACGAUCUGCUGGCCUCAAGCGUACAGGGAAAAGUUGCCGUCUUCGUUGGCUUAAUUAUCUUCGACCAGAUGUAAGGAGGGGAAAUAUUACACCUGAAGAGCAGCUCUUGAUCAUGGAGCUGCAUGCUAAAUGGGGAAACAGGUGGUCCAAAAUAGCAAAGCAUCUUCCCGGAAGAACAGAUAAUGAAAUUAAAAACUAUUGGAGGACUAGAAUCCAAAAGCAUAUCAAGCAGGCAGAAACUUUCGCCGGGCAAGGCUCUGAGCAUAAUGAUCAAGCAAGCACAAGCCAAAUUUCCACAACUGUAAAUGCUGCGGAAACCUACUCCCCACCCUCCUACGCCGGAAAUAUGGAGACUUUUCAAGGCCCUUUUCCCACUGAAUCAAAUGAGAACCUUUGGAGCAUGGAGGAUCUCUGGUCAAUGCAACUACUUAACGGGGACUAAACAUAAAUUGCUUCCCC